AUGUGUAUGGAUGGUAGUGCUUGUAAUGCAAAAUAUUUGCUCUUGGUUUUACUUGUUUGGAGCAGUCUUUGUGCUUUGAUGAGUGGUAUUUGUCAUGGGAGGAAUUUAGAUGGCAGUAGUUUUUCUGAUCCUAGUCAUUGGAGUCGUGGUGGGGAUAGUGAUGAUGAUUAUUGUUUAUAUAGAAGUUGGAGGGGAUGUGGGAGUUUCUAUGAGAGAGGUGGUAGAAACUCUAAAAGUGAUGAGGAUGGUGGAGGUGGAGGUGGAGGAGCAGGUAGUGGUGAGGGUUAUGGUGCAGGUGAGGGAAACAAUGGAGAUGGUGGAAUGGGUGGUGGAGGAGGAGGAGGAGGAGGAGAAGGAGAAGGUGGUGGAAAUGGUGUGGGAUAUGGUCACGGUAGUGGUUUUGGUGCUGGGGUAGGGUUUGGAGGUGUUGGGAAAGGAGGAGGCGGUGGAGGAGGUGGUGGUUUUGGUAGUGGUAUAGGUAGUGGAGGGGUAGGUCGAGGUAGUGGUUUUGGAAUGGGCGGGAGUAAUGGAGGACAUGGUGGUGGGGGAGGAGGGGGGAGUGGUGGUGGAAGUAGCUAUGGAGGAGGCCAAGGUGAGGGCAGUGGUUUUGGAGCGGGUGGAGGAAUGGGUGACUUAGAAGGAGGUGGAGGAGGAGGCGGUGGUGGUGGUGGUGGAGGAGGUAAUGGAGAAGGAAAAGGACAUGGUCAUGGAAGUGGUUUUGGUAUGGGUGUAGGUGCAGGAAGAGUUGGCAUGGGAGGGGGAGGUGGUGGAGGCUGGGGUGAAGGAAGUGGCAAUGGAGGUCAAGGUUAUGGUAGUGGGUUUGGUGCAGGUGUGGGUGCUAUAGGAGGAGGAAAGGGUGGUGGAGGUGGAGGUGGAGGUGGAGUUGGAGAAGGUAGCAAUGGAGGGGAAGGUGAAGGUCAUGGAAGCGGUUUUGGGGGAGGUACAGGAGGAGGAGGAGGAGGAGGAGGAGGCGGAGGAGGAGGUGGUGGUGGUGGAGGGUAUGGGCAUGGUAGUGGCUUUGGUACUGGCAUGAAAACAAGUGGACAUGAUACCACUAAGAGUGAGGGCAAUAAUCAUGGUGGUAACAAUGGCAUGGGAAUUGGAUUUGGCAUGGGCAUGGGUUUUGGUAUUGGAAUGGGGAGCAAUGGAGUAGAUGCAACUUCUCAUGUUGAUCCCAACGAUCCUUAG